AAGGCGGCCGCACAUGUUGCACGCUGAGAAAAACGGACCAGACCAGAACACAAAUAAAUAACCCAAAUAGACAGUAAAAUAUUGAAAAUCACAAAGAUCUCCCCAUUUCUGUUUUUUUUUUUUGUUUUUAUUUCGUGAGCGUGUGUUGUUUAAAUUCGAAUGCUUUUUGUUUGGCUUUUCUCUAUGGUUUUUACGGUUUUAACAAACCGCAGUGCUAGGCUAAAUUUAGCCAGAAAUUCAAAAUAGAACAAAUUGGUUUUUGAAAAUGCAGCAAAAACAGCAACAAUUCGUGUAACAGAUCGAAAACAACCACUAAUUUGUUUACUUGAUUUGAAUAAUAUUAGGCAAUGUGACUGUGAAGCGCCAACACUAAAUAAAAAAGAAUCGAAACUAAGCUAAAAUCAAGUGAUUUAAAAUACCCAAAAACAGAAAAACUGUGCCGCUUUAGACGCUUUGUAAGUUUCAAAGAACCGAAAAGGAAAUACUCUAACGCCUAGAGUAUUUAACAGACCAUUAAAAACCUGAUGGCAACAACAACAACCACGCAGGCAGCAGGAGCUGCACCAGCUCUCAAUUUAUUGCCCGCCAGCAAUAACCACAUAAAUAAUACACUGAACAACAACAAUAACAAUAAUACUAGUAACGGUAAUAAUAACAACAACAACGUAAUAAGCCAGCCGAUUAAAAUACCGCUGACCGAGCGCUUCUCAUCGCAAACAUCGACGGGCUCGGCGGACAGCGGUGUAAUUGUUUCCAGUGCAUCGCAGCAGCAACUGCAGUUGCCACCACCACGCAGUAGCAGUGGCUCGCUGAGCCUGCCGCAGGCGCCACCUGGCGGCAAGUGGCGGCAGAAGCAGCAGCGCCAGCAGUUGCUGCUCAGCCAGGACAGCGGCAUCGAAAAUGGUGUCACCACCCGUCCAUCGAAAGCCAAGGACAUCCAGGGUGCGGGAAAAGCCAGUCACAAUGCCACGAGCUCGAAGGAGAGCGGCGCGCAGUCGAACAGCAGCAGCGAGAGCCUGGGCAGCAACUGCUCCGAGGCCCAGGAGCAGCAGAGAGUAAGGGCCUCCUCCGCCCUGGAGCUCAGCAGCGUGGAUACACCCGUGAUCGUGGGCAGUGUGGUCAAUGGCGGCAACAGCAUCUUGCGCAGCCGCAUUAAGUACAAGAGUACGAACAGCACUGGAACCCAGGGAUUCGAUGUGGAGGAUCGCAUCGAUGAGGUGGAUAUCUGUGAUGAUGACGACGUCGACUGCGAUGAUCGCGGAUCGGAGAUCGAGGAGGAGGACGACGGCGUCAAUGUGGACGACGAUGUCGAGGAGGCCGACAACCAGUCGGACAAUCAGUCGGGUAUUAUAAUAAACCUCAAGAGCAAAACCGAACAAGAGGAGGAGGUGGACGAGGUGGAUGCCAAGCCGAAGAACCGACUUCUGCCACCGGAUCAGGCGGAACUCACAGUGGCGGCGGCCAUGGCACGUCGACGCGAUGCCAAGAGCCUGGCCACCGACGGCCACAUAUAUUUCCCGCUGCUCAAGAUCAGCGAGGAUCCGCACAUUGAUUCGAAGCUGAUCAAUCGCAAGGAUGGCCUCCAGGACACCAUGUAUUAUUUGGACGAGUUCGGCAGUCCCAAGUUGCGGGAGAAGUUCGCCCGCAAGCAGAAGCAGCUGCUCGCCAAGCAGCAGAAGCAGAUGAUGAAACGGGAGAGGAGGAGCGAGGAGCAGCGCAAGAAGCGAAACACCACCGUGGCAUCCAACUUGGCGGCCAGCGGAGCGGUGGUGGACGACACCAAAGAUGAUUACAAACAACAACCACACUGUGAUACUAGCUCUAGGAGCAAACAUAACUCGGUACCCAAUCCACCCAGUGGCCACCUCCAUCAGAACCACAACCAUCUCGUUGUGGAUGUGCAAGAGGAUGUGGCUGAUGUGAAUGUGGUUGCCACCAGCGACGUGGACAGUGGUGCCGCCAAGAUGCGCCGCCACAGCCACGACAACCACUACGACCGAAUCCCCCGGAGCAAUGCUGCCACCAUCACCACCCGCCCUCAAAUCGACCACCAGUCCCAGAACACCGAGGACGUGGAGCAAGGAGCCGAGCCCCAAAUCGACGGCGAGCCAGAUCUGGACGCGGAUGCGGAUGCGGACAGCGAUGGGAGUGGCGAGAACGUUAAGACUGCCAAAUUGGCCAGAACACAGUCCUGCGUCAGUUGGACCAAAGUGGUGCAAAAGUUCAAGAACAUACUAGGUCGCGAUGGUUCUAAAAUCACAACAGUUGUUGCAACACCCGGCCAAGGCACCGAUCGCGUACAAGAGGUCUCCUAUACAGACACAAAGGUCAUCGGCAAUGGCAGCUUCGGCGUCGUGUUCCAGGCCAAGCUCUGCGAUACCGGCGAAUUGGUGGCAAUCAAAAAAGUUUUACAAGACAGACGAUUUAAGAAUCGCGAAUUGCAAAUAAUGCGCAAACUGGAGCAUUGUAAUAUUGUGAAGCUUUUGUACUUUUUCUAUUCGAGUGGUGAAAAGCGUGAUGAAGUAUUUUUGAAUUUAGUCCUCGAAUAUAUACCAGAAACCGUAUACAAAGUGGCUCGCCAAUAUGCCAAAACCAAGCAAACGAUACCAAUCAACUUUAUUCGGCUCUACAUGUAUCAACUGUUCAGAAGCUUGGCCUACAUCCACUCGCUGGGCAUUUGCCAUCGUGAUAUCAAGCCGCAGAACCUUCUGCUCGAUCCGGAGACGGCUGUGCUGAAGCUCUGUGACUUUGGCAGCGCCAAACAGCUGCUGCACGGCGAGCCGAAUGUGUCGUAUAUCUGCUCCCGGUAUUACCGCGCCCCCGAGCUCAUCUUUGGCGCCAUCAAUUAUACAACAAAGAUCGAUGUGUGGAGUGCCGGUUGCGUUUUGGCCGAGCUGCUGCUGGGCCAGCCCAUCUUCCCUGGCGAUUCCGGUGUGGACCAGCUCGUCGAGGUCAUCAAGGUCCUGGGCACACCGACAAGAGAACAGAUACGCGAGAUGAAUCCAAACUACACGGAAUUCAAGUUCCCCCAGAUUAAGAGUCAUCCAUGGCAGAAAGUUUUCCGUAUACGCACUCCUACAGAAGCUAUCAACUUGGUGUCCCUGCUGCUCGAGUACACGCCCAGUGCCAGGAUCACACCGCUCAAGGCCUGUGCACAUCCGUUCUUCGAUGAGCUGCGCAUGGAGGGCAAUCACACCUUGCCCAACGGUCGCGAUAUGCCGCCGCUGUUCAACUUCACAGAGCAUGAGCUCUCAAUACAGCCCAGCCUAGUGCCGCAGUUGUUGCCCAAGCAUCUGCAGAACGCAUCCGGACCUGGCGGCAAUCGGCCCUCGGCCGGCGGAGCAGCCUCCAUUGCGGCCAGCGGCUCCACCAGCGUCUCGUCAACGGGCAGUGGUGCCUCGGUGGAAGGAUCCGCCCAGCCACAGUCGCAGGGCACAGCAGCAGCUGCGGGAUCCGGAUCGGGCGGAGCAACAGCAGGAACCGGCGGAGCGAAUGCCGGUGGACCCGGAUCCGGCAACAACAGCAGCAGCUGCGGAGCAUCGGGAGCGCCGACCGUCGUGGCUGCCGGAGCCAAUGCCGCCGUCGCUGGUGGUGGUGGCGGAGCCGGUGCGGCGACCGCAGCUGCCACAGCAGCUGGCGCUAUAGGCGCGACCAACGCCGGCGGCGCCAAUGUAACAGGCUCGCAGUCGAACAGCGCCCUCAAUAGCAGCGGAAGUGGCGGAAGCGGAAACGGAGAGGCAGCCGGCUCGGGUUCCGGAUCCGGUUCGGGCUCAGGAGGCGGGAACGGCGGGGAUAACGACGCUGGCGACAGUGGAGCAGCCGCAUCUGGAGGCGGAGCAGCAGAAACCGAGGCAGCGGCGUCGGGUUAGCGCGAGCGAGGAGCUCUUUCAAUGUAAUGUUAUUAGCAGGUUUUUCGCUCGGCCCGGGGAUUCAGUUAACCCAUUUCGGCCAAGAGCGAGAUGACAACAGCACACAGACACACACACACACACGCAGCUACACUCGAAAUAUGAAAGAGAUGUCGGAUGUUCCCCAGCAGAAGCUAUGAGUAAAUGAAAUGAGACAAAGGAAUUCACACACACAAAACGCCCAGUACCCUUACACACCCACACAACAAUAAACCCAUCCCCACACACACACACACACACACACACACACACACAUGUAUGUAUGUAUAUCUAGCUAUAUGCAUUGGGCGCAAGCAAAUAUUUAGCAUAAAAUCGAAACAAAAAAAAAUCCACUUUAAACUAUGCAUAAAUAAUUAAAAUAACUAUCUGUACUAUUAAAGACAAAGAAAAAUCCCGGAUGGAAUGUUGAGAAAUAAUCGGAAACCCCUCGCCCGCGUCCCAAACCUUUAAUAUAGUAAAUAACACUUAACAACCAGCUCGCGGAACGUAAUAUAACUUAAGUAAAAAUGCAGACGAAACUUGAAUGAAUACUUAGUGAAAUAAAUCAAAAUUUUUGCCCAUUUAACGUUUAUAUAUAUGCGCGGUUAUACAAAUAUAUAACGAUCACAGCAGUUAGCAAUCCAUAGUAAAAGUAAACAAUUAAAGGCGGCAAGUAAGAGGAACUAGCAAAAGGGCGGAUACAACAUAAACUAAACUCGCGCAAGUGCAUCUAUAUGAAUACGAUAUAGAUAUUAUAUAAACAUAGAUAUAUAUAUAUAUAUAUACGAGAUAUUAACAAGAGUAGUAGUCCCAGUAGCAACCCCCGACCCUCGAACCCCACUCAAACCCAAUCCUUGAACCGGAAACUCCCCAGAUAACGAGAAAAAGAAAGAGAAAGAAAGAAAGAAAGAAGAAUAACAACUCUCCACGAAUAGCAACAUUUUCCGUGGCCUGUUCUUAUGUAACGUAUAGCAAGUACGAUUAUCUAAGGAAGCGAUCGUCAAAAUGCAAUAUACACUAAACACUAUACAUAAAUACAAGAAAUAUAACAAAUUGAGCAACAAGUAAGUGAAUGUAUGAAUGAGUAAAACGCUUUUAGCGCGCGACGCCACCCAUUAACUUAAAUAAACAAUGCAAAUAAAUGAGGUAAUGAGAUAGUGGAGCCACAAUCUUGAUAUAUGUAAAAGUAAUCGACAAAGGACAUUUAGCUGCAAUUGAAAAUUUAAACUAAUUUAAUACAAAUUGAAGUAAAAUACAAUGAAACCGAUGAUGGUUUUAGUACGUAAGGCCUUAGAUCGAUCAACCGGAAACUCCUGCGCAACUAUAGUAUUGGUUCCAAUCUAUCUACUAUAUAUACCUAUGACAACCACCCAGUUAAACUGCUUAGAACUCGUUUCCAAAUUAUGUCUGCGAUUAUGUCCCAGCACUUUUACCCAUUUACAAGCAACUAAUUAAGCAAAAAAAAGCGAAAAAGAAACCAGAAGGCAAAGGGCAAAGGGCAAAAGCAAAACCAAGUCUAUUUGUAUGUAUUUCCAUAGAACUCCUUAUAUAUUGUACGAGAACAUAUUUUUUUUUACUAACUAAAUGAUACAUUUAUACAAUUAAUGAACGUUGAGUUUUGUGGCAUCAAAACUAAUUAAAUUUAACUAUAUACAUAUAUGUACACACCCACACAAGAACACAAUCGAGCAUUCAGACAUACUCACACGCACAUACGUCUAUAAUUUCAAAUAAAUUAGAAAGAAAAAACCGAAGAUUUCCAAACUAAGCCCCAAACAUUUUAGUAAUAAUCUAAGUAAACAGCAGACAAGUUAUAUAAAUCUUUAAACACACCCACUCACACACACACACACACUGUUUAUUUGUAUUUGAAAAUGUCAGCAGAUGGAAAAUGACAGCCCAAA